AUCUGCCAUCUUCCCUCACUGAACUUCACUUGGACUAUAACAAGAUUGCCAAAGUGGAGUCAGAGGAUUUUUUAAGAUUAAAAAGUCUACAAAGGCUGUGGCUUGACUUCAAUCAAAUCAAGUACGUGGAAAACGGAAGUUUCGCUGCUAUUACCAAAGUCAGAGAAAUUCAUCUGGAUAACAAUAAACUGAAGAAAGUUCCUCCAGGCUUGAACAACCUGAAAUAUUUGCAGGUGGUGUACUUACAUGCCAACAGCAUCACUUAUGUUGGAGUAAACGACUUUUGCCCUUCGAGAACCCGGGCUAAGAAAGCCCUUUACACUAGGAUCAGUUUAUAUGCAAAUCCAGUGAAAUACUGGGAGAUUCAGCCACCCACUUUUCGGUGCGCUUCCAGCCACAAUUCGGUGCAACUGGGUAACCACAGAAAGUGAGCGAAACAGUACCGGCGUGCACCAUCUUGCCACUGGAGGGCAGCAUUAUAACUAGUCAUGAACUUCAUCCUAAUGUAAUAAAAUGAUCAUUUCAUGUCCUCUUGGUGAUGUACAGAACUUAAUUUAUCCAAAAUCCACGAGUAUCCACAGUGGCUACAGAUUCGUUACUUGAAUUUGGUGAGGAUUUCGAAGACUUUGAAUUCCAGUAAAGACAGAAUCAACUACACUGUGUGUAAUAGUUACAUAGGUUUUCAUUAUUAAUGUUUAGAUUGAAAUUUUUUUGACAUUAUAAAGACAGAAGAGGGGUUUUAAUUGCAUAUUUUCA